AUGACUGAUAACUGGUGGCAGCAAAGGCUCAACACCAUUAAUAUCAAAUCUUUGAAUGUCAUGAGGCCCACUCACGAGCUCUUCGUCCGGCCAGAGGAGCAAGUGCUCAUCAACUGCCGAGACAUCACUAGCAGAAACGAUGCCUGGGAAAUACAGGAGUUCAUCACUCGAAUAUGUGUCAAGCAACUGCUCCGACACUGGGCGUUUCAGCUGCUGCUGGCCACGCUGCUGGUGGUCAACGCCAUCACCAUUGCGCUCCGCACCAACGUCAUCCUUGGCCAGAAACACUAUGAGUUGUUCUCUACCAUAGAUGACAUUGUGCUGACCAUCCUUAUCUGUGAGGUUCUCCUUGGCUGGUUAAAUGGCUUCUGGAUUUUCUGGAAGGACGGCUGGAACAUCCUCAACUUCCUUAUCAUCUUUAUCUUGCUCCUGGGAUUCUUCAUUGAUGAACUCAAUGUCAUCUCUAUCACCUACACCCUCAGGGUCCUUCGUCUCGUGCAUGUGUGCAUGGCGGUGGAGCCCCUGGCCCAGAUCAUUCGCGUCAUCCUGCAGUCGGUGCCUGACAUGGCCAAUAUCAUAGGCCUCAUCCUCUUCUUCAUGCUGGUGUUCUCCGUAUUUGGGGUUACUCUCUUUGGUGCAUUCGUACCCAUGCAUUUCCAGAACAUGCAGGUUACCCUGUACACCCUCUUCAUCUGCAUCACCCAGGAUGGCUGGGUAGACAUCUACGAUAACUUUAAGUUGGAGACCAGGGACUACGCAAUGGAGAUUGGGGGUGCCCUCUACUUUGCCACCUUCAUCACCAUCGGUGCCUUCAUUGGCAUCAACCUGUUGGUUGUCGUGGUGACCACCAACCUGGAGCAAAUGAUGAAGGCAAGAGAGCAGGGGCAACAGAAUCAAAUAAACUUCAAUGAGACAGUCAAUGUGGAGGAGUACAGGAAUAAAGACCUGCCGUUGGUGCACUGUAUGGUGGCCCGUUCGGAGAUGUCUGGCGCUCCCCAGGAGCCACUUACGACGGGUCCCCUGUCGAAUCUCUCGGAAAAAGCAUGCGACAACUUUUGCUUGGUGCUGGAGGCAAUUCAGGAGAAUCUGAUGCAAUACAAAGAGAUCCGAGAUGAGCUCAACACGAUAGUGGAGGAGGUACACUCCAUCCGCUUCAACCAGGAACAGGAGAUGGACCUAUUGCACAGGCACUUGUCAAAGACUGUGCCGAUGGAAAGCCAUUCCACCAUGGACAUCCGUGAGCUGACUAGCCAGCAAGACUUGAUCACUGCGCUCAUCAACAGGGAAAAGAGCAGUAGUCCUGGAGGAGGAGCCUGUGCUUCAGAUGAGUACCCAGACAGCAAGGGAGCCUGUAUGUGCAAUGACAACUACUACACCUACGCAGUGUUGGUGGCCCUGCCCUGCAAGCUGCAGAAAAUUGAGGUGGUCCUGAGCAGCUGCUUCCUGAAGACUCGCCAUUGGAUCCUGCGGGAAGAACAAAACAACUCCCCUUUCUACGUGGUCCUCAGAGCCACAAGCAGUGAUCCAGACAUAUUUACCCUGGUGGCCAAAGAGGUCUUUGCCAGCACCAGUAUCUUCAUGACAGGUGCUAAGGCCACCUACCACUUUGUGAGGGAGAGCUGUCCAGUCAGCAACCGGCCUAGGGGCCAACGGGGCCUCUGGGAGGUGACGCUAGCCUUCAACCUGCUCCGCUUGCACAGAGACGCACUCUACCUGCACGGCCGAGUGACCCUGUGUGACAAGCAGGCGGGACCCCCGCCCGUGCCAGGCUUGCGAACCGACAGCUCGGACUUGUAG